AUGGCCAACCCGUCAAAACUCCGGUUCGCCGCUCCUCUGCCGCAAUCUCCUCGAUCCGACGUGCUCGAGUGGAAAUUCCCCAAACCGCACAGCCAGCUCGUCCUCACGGGCCGGUCUCGAGCUGCCUGGCACACGUCCUUUGUGAUUCCCUCGCUCAAUCUUCUACUAGACGCCGGGCUUGUCGUCAACAACCAGCGUCCCAAGCACAUCUUCUUGACGCACGGCCACAGCGAUCACACGCUGCUAGCGCCGGCAUUUGUGAAGCGCGAUGAUCCGCCGGAUAUUUUCUGCCCGAUGGAGAUGAGGACUGCGUUUGACAACUUUGUCCUCGCCAAGACAAUACUCAAUCUUGGAGGAGAGAUUGGGCCUGAAGACGCAGACAUCCGGGGACUCCCUAUAGACGACCAAGUGGUUGCCAGAAGCGAGGAAUUGGGCCGGACUCCCUCUUCUACAGCUUUUCUCAACACGCACUUCACUCACGGGCUGCAUCCCGGCGACUCUGUGCCUCUCCGUCGCGCUCAGGGCAUCACGGCAACAGCCUUUCGCUGUGACCAUACGGUCCCCUGCUUGGGCUACGUCUUCAGCAAAACCACGCAGCGUCUCAAGCCGGAAUUCGCUUCCUUAUCGGGUCCCGAGCUUCAAGCACUGCGCAGGUCCGGCACCGAGCUCACGGCUCCUCACACCACGCCUAUCUUUGCCUUCCUGGGCGACACGACGACACAGACACUGGAAGCGGAGCCCUCGUGGCUACAGGAGGGCAUCCCCGUCGUCAUCACCGAGUGCAGCUUUCUAUAUGAGGAGCACGAGGCACAAGGCAUAAAGACAAAGCACACGUCAUGGCGGGAUCUGGAAAAAGUUGUGAGGAAGUGGCCGCGGACGACGUUUGUGCUGACGCAUUUCAGCAUGCGGUAUGAUGACGCCGAGAUUGCAAAGUUCUUCAACGAAAUGCCCGACCCGCCGGAAAACAUUGUCGUGUGGGCAGAUUUGGAAUGCUGA